GCACGCGCAGAGCAAAACACCAGCCACCCGAUCGAACCGUGAUCAUUUGAGUGUUUGGAGCUGUUAGAGUCACUUGCAUCUGCGCAGUGUAGCGUCGCAGACACGGCUGCCAUAGUACACCGCCCGAUCGACGCAACCAUCGCAAUCCACGAGCCCCAGGAAAGCCUCCGGAACAGGAAUCAGCAAUCAAUCCAGCCGUACAGCAGCCACCAACAGCAGCUGAUCGCGAUGAAGCCGUUUCACAGCUGGAGCAGUGCGGUGACGAUCCUCACCCUCGCCCUGUGCGCCGGUGUGGCGCUCGCCGCCCCGAACGUGCGCGUCAAGCGCGGCGACGAGGUGGAAGUCAUCGCGGACGCCGAAUCCGCCGUCAACCCGCUAGCGUCCCAGGAUGCGGUAGCCAUCGGCGACGACCUUGACCGUGACAAGCGCAAAGUUCCCGACCCGAAGUACGAGACCAAGAACGCCAUCCUAGGAUUCGUGUUUGGAAAAAUCAACUCGUUCAUCGACGCGAAGACGCGCUUCAUUGACAAGCUGGACCACGCGAACAUUGAGAAGAACAAGCAGCACCACAUCGAGCCGCCGAAGCCGGUGCCCGACUUCCAGUCGCUGAUCUCGUCCGUCAUCACGCCGAAGGUGCAGUUCAUCACGUCCAAGAUCGGUUCGCUCAGCGGCAGCUUCCUGGGCGGCUCGUCCGGCGGCCACGGCAGCGACGACGACCAUCACGGCAACGGCGGCGGUGGCGGUGCGCCCCAGCUCGGCAACAUCGUCUCGUCGCUGCUGAAGCUGUCCGGGCCGAUCCUGUCCGGUUCGUCCGGCUCGCAGCACGGUGGCUCCAAUACGGUUUCGCUAGGCGAUCACGACGAUGACGAGUAGGCGCCCCGUCGUUGCGCCCAGGAGCUCCACCGGUCUGCGAGGAGGUGUCCCGGCUAGGCCCGGUCGUGUCGUGGUGACCGCUAGCGGUGCCCACGACGAGAAGCGAUAACGGGCUGGGCGUCCCGAUUAAAACACUCAUUACUGCAAACGGGGCAACCGGGACGCUUGCGAACACAAGCUGUUCAGAUAUUCGCAGACACACAUUCAUUCAUCCCCUUGAUUGCUCAUUCAUUCACAAACACACACACACACACAUACAUACACAUACGUUGAACGUAACGUAUGUUAGGAUAUCGGAAUUGAUGCUUUUAUUUAAUUUGAUCGCCAAAUGCAACAGGAACGGCUGUUGUUGUUUUGUUUUGUUUGUUAGCAAAGCCGGCAUGAAGCUUAGCAAAAGGAGUCAAGAGGAGGAGAUUAAAAAAAAUCGAAGAGGGAUCAGAAAUGGGAUUUAAAAACAUAAUGCAUUCUUCAUACUUCUACUCACAUCUGUUGUCUUUCUACCCACUUUCUUUUACACAGUCUAUGAAUUCUCUCUCUCUCUCUCUCUCUCUCUCUCUCUCUCUCUCUCUCUCUUACUACUCUGUUCUUUCGCCACUAACAAAACAGCUUUUACUUUCUUCGCCCUAUCCCACUGUUGACAUUAGUUAUUCGUGGUUAUUAGUUUUUAUAGCCUGGUUAUUAUUCAAAGUUAUUCAAAUUCUACUGACUUUGCUACUGAAUUGUUUUGCGAGAAAAGAUCGAGUGAGAUACAGAAAGAGAGAAAAAGUGCUAGAAACAUCAAUAGUAACAAGGGAAUUAAUUGUAGUUUGAGGUUAGGAACAUGCGCAUCAUCCUCCCAUAGGUACAGUCCAGAUCCAGUGCUGUGCAUAAGCAUAACAGUGGUGUGUCCGGAAAAUAAUUACAGUUUGUUUUAAGAUAAGCCCAUAAUAUUUACAUUUGCAAAGCAAGCUUUUGCAGCUCAUCAAGCCUCACACAUUCACACACACACACAGACGCAACAUAUACAUGCAGGAAUCAUUUUCCAUCCCGUUUGUUUGAGCUUAAGAUGGUAAGGCGUCUUUUUACUGACGCAACGAAAAGUGUCAUUUGAGCCAAUCACUGGUUUAAGCACUGGAAAUCGCAAUUGUGCAGUUGUUUGUAUUUUUCGUUUUUUUUUUUUUUGUAAUCGGUUCCUUCAAAACAGUUCCUUCCCUUCUACUGCCUACGAAGAGAGUGCCGUUGUAGGUUGAAUAAAUGCGGCUUUUGAUUUGUGGUACGGUAGCGUCUAAACACACUAAAUGCUCGUUCCCAGCGUAAGGUUCGUCGCUUGUGGGGCACAAUGGGUGAAAGAGCGCUUGUAUUUCUUACUCUCUAUUUAAAACGAUUGGUUGUGGUAGGGUUUCUAGGCAAGCAAACGAAAAUGAAAAAAAAAAACAAAAAAACAAAAGUAAGAUGCAAGAGAAUGAAGUAAGAAGGAGCAAGCCUAAAGCAAGCAAUAGCUAAGCACAAAACACAUGCAACUAGUACGCUAGCGAAAAAUAGAACUACCAACGAAUCUUCGAGGCACAGUGCAGAAGAACUCCAGCUCAGUCAGUCACCAUUUUACAAAAAACCAACAUCGAAAGUAACCAUACGUACGGGCUCUAGUAUGUCUCAUUUUCUUCUAUGUGUAAAUAAUGGAUUAAUAAAAUGCAAAUCUUAUUCACAAAUCUA